CACGGGGGCAGGCCUGCACAGCUCUGCGCGUUCCUUGUGCCCGCGGGCACGAGCCAAGGCUCUUUCUACUACACAGAACGGAGCCCGGAGCUAGAGAACCAGGAAGUGAAAGCAUACACAUGGAGGGAGUGUCCGCCGCUGUUGCCUCUGUGUGUGUUUUAUUUUUAAAAACACGGUCCUCCGCGGACGCAUAAAUGGGAGACGCGAGGACCAAGCGGCGGGAGCAGCUGAAGCGCUGGGCCGGCUCCUCCACCGACAGAGCCUCAGAUGUGCCCAGGCUGAGGCGGCAGGGCGAUGCCGGGAACGGAGGAGGGGAGCCCGAGGCCGAGCUCGACGACCCGCCGAAGGACCAGCCGCUACUCGGGGGAGGAGACGAGAGGCGACGGAAAAAGGUGAAAUUUGACAUUGCUGCUGAGUUUCUCGCAGCCUGUGCCAGCGGAGACACGGAGGAGGCCAAGGUGAUUUUGGAGGAGGCCAAACAGACUAAAAGAAGGAAUGGCGAGGAUACAGCAGCAAUUAUUAACUGCUCCAAUGCAGACGGGAUCACUGCUCUACACCAGGCCUGCAUAGACGGCAGCAUAGAAAUGGUGACCUUCCUUUUGGAGCAGGGUGCCAGUGUGAACCAGGUUGACAAUGAGGGAUGGACGGCGCUACAUGUUGCUGCCUCCUGCGGCCACGCUGACAUCACAGAGUUCCUCCUGCAGGAAAGCGCCUCUCUCACUGCUGUGAACUGUGAUGGUGAUGUUCCUGCGGACAUUGCUCUGGAUGAAACCACUGAGUCCCUACUUCAGAGUUACACUCGGAGACACGGUGUGGACGUGGAGUCAGCUAAACGUCUGGAGGAGGAACAAAUCAUGGCAGACGCCCGCACGUGGCUGACUGAGGGCCUGCCUGCUGACGUGCGACACCCAAAGACUGGAGCCACCCCGCUGCACGUGGCUGCAGCCAAAGGCUACCUCGAGGCCCUGAAGAGCUCGGUGUGCAGGAUGAGCAGCAGAGAAAAGAUGACUUUACAAGACCAGUCUAAAGAGCGGGGCAUUUCAGGAGGCUUGGACCUGAGCGAGGAGAAAGAGAGCAGCCCCGAAAGCUCAACAGUCUCCAGUCCCGAUACAGAGAGUGCGACGUCUGCUGUCACUCCGGCCGACAAGACACCAACAGAUAAACAAGAGGAGGAGAAGGAGCAGGACAAGGCGAGCCGCACUGCCAGAGUACAACCGACCCCUCAGACGAAGGACGCCGCCGCAGAUAGUCCCAACGCUCCCAACGCUGAAAGGCGCAAAUUCCAGGCUCCAGCGAGAGACGAAGAGUCCGAGUCUCAGAGGAAAGCUCGCUCUAAGCUGUUGCGGCAGACUCGCCGGCCCACACAGGGUGUGACUCUAACAGACCUCAAAGAAGCUGAGAAGUGUGUGGCUAAAUCUGGCGAUUCUUCACCUCGAACCAUCCAGCCGGUCAGCCCCCUCGUCACCAUCACGACUGCAGAAAGAGACACAGACCCACAGGUGAAGCAGGAGGAGCCGGAGGGAGACAAGCGUCUGCAAGCAAAGGACAGGCGGAAAACGAGGAGGGAAAGACGCUCCACCGGCGUCGUUCAGCUGGGAGAAGAGAACGAGGACAACCUUCAUCCAGAUGAUAAAACCAGUAACAGCACAACCCUUGGGAGUCAGCUGUCAGAUGCAUCUACUGAUUAUAGACCGCUGUACUUCAAGAUUCUGCAGGAGAAUGUGUCUCUGAAGGAGAAGCUGCAGGAGAUGGAGCUGCAGCUCAGCCAAAACAAAGUGGAGCUGGAGAGACUCCGACAGGUUGGGCAGAGUCAGGAGAGCAGCACAGACCGGCCGGCCCUGCUGGAGCUGGAGAGAUAUGAGAAGCUGAAACUCCAGAGGAAAGCAGGGGAACUGGAAGACGAGCUGAAGGUUCUCGGGGACCUCCGAGCUGACAACCAGAGGCUCAAGGAUGAGAACGCCGCUCUGAUUCGAGUCAUUAGCAAACUCUCGAGAUGAACCUGUGACAGAAAAUAUUCACCUCCAUGGACGUAACAAGUAUUACAGGAUGUAUGUUUUUGUCCAGCACGGACGACACAAACGAGGAAGAGACACACACUGCACAACUUUCAACAGUAACUGGAGUAACGUCAUUUUCAGGGUUAUUGUCUGUGUUUGGGCCUUUUAUGUUUUGGCAGAUCUACUGUAAACCAAGCUGAACUUCACCUCCUGUGGACGGACAGGAUGUCCCUGCUUCCCACUCCCACAUUUUUUUUUUUUUUUUAAAUAAGUUUUUAUUGUUGUAUUUUUUAAAAAAAGAAAUUAAAUAUUUUAAUGUGCUUCGCUCUGGUGAAACUUUGUAUUAAGAGACUUAAAGCCAUGCACAGUGAGAGCUCAGUGUGUUUUUAGACAGGGUGAAAGAUUUGCAUAAGAGCCGGUCAGGUGGUUACUAGAAAAAGACACAAAUAACGUCAACGUGCCAAAAACCAGCCCCGGCUGUUUUUUAAUGUCCUUUUGGGGGGGGAACCUCAAGCGGUCAGUGUGUUUCUCAGGACGACGCUUGGGCCGAUGCUUUCUGUUUUUAGCUGGCUGCUGUAGAAGAUGGACCAAAUUCGCACAUCUCCCGGCUCCUCUGGAUGCAUGUUAAACAUUUAUUCAGGGGCCGGCCGUCCUGAGGACAUGAUGUAAAGGUGUAGUCGCAGCUUCAGGAGAGUUUUAGGUGCUAAUCAUGGACGUCAGGCACAGCUCGUGUUCAGAGGGACGUUUACAGAAAAUAUAUGUCACACAGGUAUUUCAGGAGGCAGAGGACGCAUGCUCCAACUUAACUGUGCUUUACUCGUAGUUCUAUUUUGCCAUUUUUGACUGGAUGCUUGUGAAAGCCCCCCCCAUCCCCAGCUAAGUAUUCACCAUGUGACAGACGGCCGUUGUCCAACAGGAAGGCCGGAUGGGUCAGUUUUUGAAUGUUUACUUCAAUUUUAAAGAUAAAACCAACCACAACAAAUGCAUGUUAUAUUGUAUUUUGAUGCCGUGCCUUUCGAUAUGCAUUUGUAAGUAAUAUUUCUAUUUUGCUUUGGCAGUGUACACUGUUGAGUAUAAAAUACAGUAUGGGCAUAAAUGUUGA